AUGGCCCCUUCCUUUUUGAAGGACUUUAAGAGGCGCUCCAAGUCCGGCGCAAAAACAACCGACUCCAGCACAGGUGAAUCUACUGGUAGUAAUGCGAGUGGUGGGAGCGCUCCUCGAAGCAACACAUUCACUUCGAGUAAAUCGCAAAUAUCCUUGAAUUCUUCUUAUGGCGCUACAACCCCACCAACAAUGACAAAUUCACAGUCCUCAUCGAACCUCAACGGUAUGGGAGCAACUCGACCAACCGUUUCUACCACUGGAUCAAAUAGACAUAGUGUAUCUGGGAUGUCGGGCGUAGGAUCCCCUUCUUCAAAGUCGGCUUUGCCCGUCUCGCCAUAUUCGCCGCGAAUUCUAUCUAUCACUGAUAACACAUGGGUAUAUCAAAAGGUCUUAUCGAUAUAUGGCACGAUAUCUGAUCCAUCAGAAGUCCAAAUAGAUGGGACGCUCACAGUCACUCGUCUAGACGAUGGAUUUCCUCCGACAUACUGGCCAGUCUCUGAGUCUCAUUUUAAGGCACUUGUUUACCUUACCCCGGGACCUAAUAGAUUGAGAUUCGAUUUCACAUCUCCAAAACUCGCGAAUAGCAACUCUCCUAAUCCUGUACACUCCUCUUUCCUCACUCUUCACAUGCUACCUACUCUUACAAAUCCUCCACUUCAAUUGGUUAUAUUGCUUGGAAAAGAUUCACCAGGCACAUUCGAUGCUGUUCCUUCGCGCAUCGAGAGAGAAGGCAAUGGCCUGGAUACUGCUACACGAAAAUUCAGAAUGGCCGCUUAUCUGUGGCAAGCAUUCACCGCUGAGCAGAUGUACCGAAAUAAGCUUGGCAGGAGGACAUUUAGAUUCGAAGAAGAGUGGAUUACGGGCACCUCGAACUAUAGAGACCGGGAAGCUGGGACAAUGCGAAGUGAAGCCAAAAUCCAUGUCAUUCGAAGCUCUAAGACUGUUGCCGAACUUCGGCAUCUUGAUGUCGCCCAGCAGAAUGAAAAUGGUGCCCGCCGAGGCGAUCUAUUUUCCUUUGCCAGUGAAGAUGUCAAAAAUUAUUUUAAGCCCCAGCCAGGUCAGAAACAGUAUGUGACAGUUCUUCUCCUAGACGCUCAUUGGGAGAAACAGCAAAAUAUGAUCACUGGUCAUGCGGCCCUCGGAGGUGGAGGCGGCGAGCUUCAACUAGCCAUUUUUGGAAGUCAGGCAUUACAAAGUUAUCCAUCUACCCUCGAAGAAGUUGUGCCAGCAUUCUCCGAUUGUACAAUCACCGAUACUAAUUUUGUAGCCAAUGACUGUAAUGAAUCCGGCAGCAACUGGGAGGCUGCCAAUAUUGGAAUAGGUGCACACUUACAUGAAGUAGGCCAUUUGUUUGGAUGCCCCCAUCAAGAGCACGGGGUAAUGCUUCGGGACUACGUCACGUUGAACCGAUCAUUCACCACCAGAGAGCCUUAUUCAACACGCACCAGAUCGAAGGGAGGGCUGGUUUUACCAAGAGACGAAUGCACAUGGCAUAGGCUAGACACUCUACGCUUUCGAAGUCACCCAUCUUUCGCACUCCCUACAGAUCCUCCGCGAGCUAACGAUGACUCCAUACAAGUAUGGCCUGUGGAUAAUGGCAGUGUGAUAAUUACAGCGGCAUCUGGUGUAGCUUUCCUCGAGAUAUUCACGGAUGGCGAGGAUCUUUGUCACAAUUGGCAAGAGUUUGGAGAUGGGAAUGGCAAUGGACCCAUUCAACGACAAAUUACUCUUACAGAGCAAGAUCUAAGAAAUCAACUACCAGAAGACCGCCGAAAAUCGAAACUGAAGAUAUCCGUAAAGUCGUUCGCUGGUGGCAGCCAUGAUGUUGAUGACUUUACCCAACUCGUCUCAAAAGCCAGUAAGCUAAAAUUGAAGAAUGGACAGAUGGCUUUCAGGAGCAGUAAGCUGGGUGCAUCACAGAUGGACGGAACCCAGCCACAAGAAGUCGUCUUUGACAGUUCAAUUCAUCAAACGAAACUGAUGAUACAAGUGAGAGUCUGGGCGGGCUUCGCUCUCGACGGUAUAGAGUUUAUUUAUGAAGAUGCGACCUCACAACUUUUUGGCAAGAGGGGUGGAUCUUCCGCAGAUUUCAAUCUUGAUACACGUCGUGGAGAGUACAUUACUGGAUUCUACGUCAGAAGUGGGUUGUGGUUGGACGGAAUUGCAAUCAUGACUAGUUUAGGCAGGAAGUCCCAGGUUUUUGGAAACCCUGCUGGUGGUUCUGGGCAUACUUUGAUACCCCCGAGAGGAUACACUAUCGCAGGCGUUUCAGGAUCAUGUGCAUCAUGGAUUGAUGGGUUUGGUAUCAUUCUUACUCGGUAA